AUGAGCUCGGAAACUGCAGUUAGGCUUUCCGCCCAAGUCCGGAGAGCACUCCAGGAGCACAGGUGUUUCGAGGCUUUGUUCGACAAAGUCCUGGACGUUCGGAAGGCAGUAUUUGGAGACCUGGAAGAGCUAUUUGACCUGCCUUUACAAACUAAAAAGCGCAUUGUUUUCAAGAAUCUGUUUAUUGGCUAUUAUGGGUCUACGAUACCACUGUAUGAAAGCAUGAUCAUUGAUGAUGCAAACAUUGCUGAAAACUUUGAACAACGCCUGACUAGCAUCUUGUGGCCUGAAGGAAACACACGAUUCAGCUCUGCCUUUGGCAGCAAAAGUCUGCUAUCUUUCUCAGAGCUAGCGUCAGGAUUAGAGAAGACAAUUAGAAUCAUGAUUUUGGAGAGUUUUGGUGUGGAGAAAUACAUGGAUGAGCACAUGGAUUCCGCCAAUUAUAUUCUUUGGGUCAUGAAAUAUGAAGGCCCCCAAACCAGCGAGGCAACUCUUGGGUCACGUGCUCACUCUGACCAGAACAUGGUUACCCUAUUGUAUCAAAAUGAGGUUAAUGGAUUGGAGAUUCACACCCAAGACGGCGACUGGAUUAGUGUAAAACCUUCAUCGGACACUUCCAUAGUCAUGAUUGGAGAGUCUUUCAGCGUUAGUCACUUUAAUAUGAACAUAUCGUUUUUAGAAAGCACAAAUGGAGGAGAAAAUUACUGUUUUUAA